CAAAGUCAACACUUAAAAUACUUUGAAAUAUGUUUUCGUUUUUUAUUCAUUAUUUUUUCCGAAAUAGGUUAAAGAUAAACUAUAAAACUUAAUAACAAAGUUAAAUAGAAUAAAUUUAUCUUACAUAUCUUACAUACUCAACAAUACUUAUACUCAACAAUAGCAAAGACAGUUAUGCUUGGCCUACAGUUCAUUGUCCUGUUCAUUGUAUGCACAAUUGGUGGUUUGCAGUUAUCUUAUGCGGUUGAUGUUGAACGCAUCUCCAAUCCUCCGUCGAAUGAUUUGAUAUGUGAUGUAUGCGAAGGCAUAGUCAACAUAGGAAAGUUAUACCUUUUAUCUCCGACCGUCAGUAGAAUACUUGACAAUUUCGUUUGGAAAUUUUGCAGAUUACCAGGAAUUGUUACGAAAAGAUGUAUACCUUGGGCACAAGAUAUUUUCAACAGAAGCUUCUACAAUGUUCUAAAAACUGACUCCGCUGUAGUCUGCGAAUACGCUCUCCUUUGCUGAAGACGGCUGCUUUUUAAGAAGUCCAGAAGUAUUUCAGAUGCACUUGGGAUGUACCUUAUUCUAUGCACUUUCAGCGUUUAACAUAAUCAUGCAAUUAUUGUAGAUCUUUGGCAACAUUCUAAUAAACAGUUAAUAACUAAUUCGGAUUUAUAGGAGUUUUACAGAAAUGUAGCGCGUAGUAAUGAUAAACUUUGUUUCGCUUUUUUUCUUUAAAAAAUGUAAUCCAUUGCAUGUUUUUUCGCAUAAAUGUUUUCAGUAAAAUAUUUCAAACCCCCAAUCAUAUUUAAAUGUAAAGUAAAUAAUAUUGACUACUACUCAUGAACUAAUA